CCGGCAUCCUCGUCCGGUGAGCCGUCUAGCUCGAGGAUUCACGAACUUCCGAGACUUCUUUUCGAGAUCUUCGUGAACGCGGGCAUAAAUACCACGCGGGGGACCCAUGGGGUACCUUUGCUCUUCAAGCCUCUUGGCCCUCCAAGGUGUAACACCAGGGACAGUUUUCUCGCCGACAAAUCCACUCAAUCCUUUGAACGAACUUGCAACUUUCAAGUCGUCAACAUGGUUGCCGUUGCCAGUGCCAACGCCGCGGCUGCGGCCGAUGCGCCUCAAUUUGAAAAGGUCAACUGGAAGAAGGACCCCAACUUGAGGAAGCUCUUCUUCUGGGCUUCCAUUCUUUGCGUGGCUUCCGCCACCACUGGUUACGAUGGUAUGAUGAUGAACUCGUCCCAGCAGAUCGACCGCUGGAGCGCCUACUUCAAUGACCCCGAUGACAACCGCUUGGGUAUCAUGAACAACGCCUACAACAUUGGCAGUAUUGCCAGUUUCUUCCUCGUCCCAUUCGCCGCCGAGUGGUGGGGUCGUAAGAUUCCCAUUGCCAUUGGCUGCGCCAUCAUGAUUGUCGGUGCCAUUGUCUCGGCCGUCUCGACCAACUGGGAAAUCUACAUGGCCGGCCGUCUUGUCCUCGGUUUCGGCAACUCAUUCUCGCAGAUGUGCUCGCCCAUUCUCCUUACCGAGAUCUGCCACCCCCAGCAUCGUGGUAUCUUCACUGCCGUCUACAACACUCUCUGGCACGCAGGUGCUUUCUUGGUUGCGUGGAUCGCGUGGGGAACUUCGCAGGCCGACAACGAGUGGUCGUGGAGGUCCAUUACCCUGCUCCAGGGUCUGCCUUCGAUUAUUCAGAUCAUCUUCAUCUUCUGGGUUCCCGAGUCUCCUCGAUGGCUCAUCUCCAAGGAGCGCCACGAUGAGGCGUUGCACAUGCUUGCCUACUACCACGCCAACGGCGACGACCAGAACGCUACUGUCCAAUUCGAGUACCAGGAAAUGGCCGAGGCCAUCCGUUUGGAGAAGGAGGCCAACACCAACUCCAGCUACCUCGACUUCCUCAGGACCAGGGGUAACCGAUGGAGGUUGGCCAUUCUCAUUUCUCUGGGUAUCAUUUCGCAGUACUCUGGCAACGCUCUCUUCUCCAACUACAUCAACCUCGUGUACGAGGGUGCCGGCAUCAAGUCGCAGAACAAGAAGAUGAUCCUGUCGGGAGCCGAACGUAUCCUCUACCUCGGUGUUGCGCUCUACUCGGCCACUCUGAUUGACAAGGUCGGUCGUCGUCGCCUGUUCUUGAUCGCUACAGCCGGUAUGGUGGUGUCCUUCAUCUGCUGGACCGUGACCUGCGCCACCUACGAGAAGUCUGGCGAAACCAACACAGCCGCCGGAUACGCACAGAUUCCGUUUGUGUGGAUCUUCGGUAUCUUCUACGCCAUUGCCUGGUCGGGUCUGCUCGUCGCCUACGCGCUCGAGAUUCUCCCCUACCGUCUGCGUGCCAAGGGUCUGAUGAUCAUGAACAUCACCGUGCAGGCCAUCCUCGCUCUUGGAGGACAAACCAACCCCGUUGCCUGGAAGCGUCUUCCCGCUCACUGGAACCUGGCCCUCUUCUACACAUGCUGGAUCACGGUCGAAUUCAUCUUCGUCUACUUUGUGUACCCCGAGACCAGGGGCCCCACGCUCGAAGAGAUCUCCAAGAUCUUCGACGGCGAGGAUGCUGCCGGACACGUGUCCAUGGCUGUGGUCGAGAAGGAGAUCGACGAGAGGAACUCCAUCAGCCACGAAAAGGGCGAUGGCACUGUCCGCGUCCAGCCUGCUUAG